AUGAGCAGCAAACACGAGCCACUGCCCACGUACGAUGAGGUCCUACUGUGCAACUCCUCCACGCCUUACGAGCAGGUGGAGCUGUUCCUCAGACGCUGCCUCACUGCCGGCUACAGAGGAGAGAAGAUUUACACCAUGCUCUAUAGCGAUCAGCUUAGCUACGAAGUCAGCUCCAAGGUGGAGAGCUUUUUCCAGCGAAUUAAAAUGCAGAGCAGGAAGGACUACAGGCUCGUGAUCAUCUGCAGCUCGGACAGAGAGGAUGCCUACCUUCCUCAGCCUUCUGCAAAACUGAAACACUCCACCAAGAAGCCGUCACUGCUGAAAUGCAUCCGCUUGAUCGAGCCAAGGGUUGAUGAGAAUGUUAUUCUUCAGUCUCUGCUGAAUACCCCCAAGUCGAAAGAGCUCAUCAUCUUCCACUUCGAUGUCACAUCUUCGGUGCGGAAAGGCCUCUAUGAGUUUCUCUUUAAACUGUUGGUCUUGGGAUAUUUGAUGGAUUCUGAGGGAAGGAUGUGGAAAUGCAGCAACAAACAGCUUUAUGUCAUUGAGAUCCUACAGUCAACAGUAAACUUGCCCAGAAAUGGCCCAAGAACGAAUGCACGUGCCAACUCCACAUUCCUGGAUGUGUUCCCAAAUGUCUUCUGCCGCCCACCAAAAGAGGUUCUAGAUCUGGAAAUGAGGAUGCGGGAGGACCCCUCCUUUGUAAAGCUUAGAUCAUUCAUGGAUGACAAAGAGUUCAGGAGUGAAGCAUACCAACGACCCUACCAGUAUCUGACGCGUUUCCAUAAUCAAAUCGACCUGGACACCUUCAUGUACAAUGGGGUGGAAGGCACCUAUGUAGAAUGUCUACAGAUGCUCUUUAUGUUCUGUGGCAUAAUGGACCCAUCGUGGGCCGAGUUAAGGAAUUUCGCAUGGUUCCUAAACCUUCAACUACGAGACUGUGAGACGUCAGUCUUUUGUGAUGCCUCUUUCACCGGGGACACCCUCCAGGGAUUCAAGAACUUUGUGGUGGACUUCAUGAUUCUGAUGGCCAAGGACUUUGCCACACCGUCCCUCAGCAUCUCUGACCAGAGCCCCGGGAGGCAGCAAAUGGACCUGACUGGGGUCAGCGAUGAAGACUUGGCACCCUUCCGGAUCAGGAAGAGAUGGGAGUCAGAACCACAUCCGUACAUCUUCUUCAACGAUGACCAUGUGUCCAUGACCUUCAUUGGCUUCCAUCUUCAGCCCAACGAACAGAACUCUGUUGACGCCAUCGAUCCAUCCACAAGAAGGGUGAUCAAAAGAGACAUCAUGACCAGAGAGCUGUAUGAGGGUCUAAAGCUACAGAGAGUCCCUUUCAAUAUCGACUUUGACCAACUGCCCAGAGGGGAGAAGAUUGAACGCCUUUGCAAUGUCUUGGAUCCAGUGGCCUCUGAUCCUGAUGAAACAUAUGAGCUCACCACUGACAAUAUACUGAAGAUGCUGGCCAUCCACAUGCGUUUCAGGUGUGGCAUCCCAGUCAUCAUCAUGGGGGAGACAGGCUGUGGGAAGACAAGGCUCAUUAAAUUCCUAUGUGAGCUUAGGAGGAGCGGAGUGGCCACGGAGAACAUGAAGCUAGUCAAAGUUCAUGGUGGAACCAGCUCAGACAUGAUCUACACCAAAAUCCGGGAAGCAGAAGCCAUUGCGUUCACCAACAAACAAGACUACAGCUUUGACUCUGUCCUCUUCUUUGACGAAGCCAAUACCACGGAAGCCAUCAGCAGUAUCAAGGAAGUCCUCUGUGAUAAUACAGUGGAGGGAGAGUGUUUGGUGCCCCAUUGCGGCUUGCAGAUCAUCGCCGCAUGCAACCCUUACAGAAAACACACUGACGAGAUGAUUCAGAGGUUGGAAUCUGCUGGACUGGGAUAUCGAGUCCGAGCUGAAGAGACUGAUGAGAAGCUGGGCUCCAUCCCUCUCCGCCAGUUGGUGUACAGAGUCCAGGCCUUGCCCCCCAGCAUGAUACCUCUGGUGUGGGACUUUGGCCAGCUCAAUGAUCACACUGAAAUGUACAUCCAGCAGAUUGUCCAGAGGGUGGUUGAGACCAACACAAUUGAUAUAGUAUACACCAGGUUGAUCGCGGAUGUCCUGUCUGCUUCGCAGAGGUACAUGCGGACAAGGAAAGACGAAUGUAGCUUCGUAAGUCUGAGGGAUGUAGAACGUUGCAUGCAAGCCUUUGUGUGGUUCUACAAAAACCAUGCGAUGCUGCUUGCUGAGCUAAAUCAGUAUCAGAGAAAUCAAAACGCAGAGAGGAGUGAGAGGAACCAGAGGGAGCCAGAAGCAAGAGACCCAGUCUUGUGGUCUGUAGUGAUGGCUCUGGGAAUAUGCUACCAUGCCUGUUUGGAAAACAAGGACAAGUACAGACAGAGAAUCUGCAAAUACCUCACUGAAACCUACACCCCAUUCAAAGUGAUGCAGGAGAUAUCCCUCAUGCAGGAUCUCCUUCUGAGCGGAGUGCCCUUGGGCGAAACUAUUGCACGAAACAACGCUCUGAAAGAGAAUGUCUUCAUGAUGGUGGUCUGUAUAGAGCUGAGAAUCCCCCUCUUCUUGGUGGGGAAACCUGGGAGUUCAAAAUCUCUGUCUAAAACCUUGGUGGCAGACGCCAUGCAGGGCCAAGCCGCACACUCUGACCUCUACAAAAGGCUUAAGCAGAUUCACCUGGUGUCCUUCCAGUGCAGCCCUCACUCCACACCGGAGGGCAUCAUCAACACAUUUAAGCAAUGUGGUCGCUUCCAGGAGGGGAAGAACCUGAACGAGUAUAUAUCUGUGGUGGUGCUGGAUGAGAUUGGCUUGGCUGAGGAUUCUCCCAAAAUGCCCCUGAAAACCCUCCAUCCUCUGCUAGAAGAGGGAUGCAUCGAUGAUGAGCCGCUACCGCACAAAAAGGUUGGAUUCAUCGGCAUCUCCAACUGGGCUUUGGAUCCUGCGAAGAUGAAUAGAGGCAUUUUCGUCUCACGUUGCGACCCCGAUGAGAAAGAGCUGAUUGAGAGCGCUAAAGGCAUAUGCUCGUCUGACACAAUGAUUUUGGAGAAGGUCAGGGAUUUCUUCCAACCCUUUGCCAGGGCCUACCUAAACAUCUGCCGUAAACAAGGGAAAGGUUUCUUUGGUUUGCGUGACUACUACAGCUUGAUCAAGAUGGUUUUUGCAGUGACCAAGGCUUCCGAACAAAGGCCUAGUGCAGAGAAGAUUGUGGAGGCGGUCCUCAGGAACUUCAGUGGCAGGGACGACGUGGAUGCAGUCACAGUCUUCACCCAAAGGCUCCAGAAGAUACAGAUCAACCUGAAUCUGGAGAGCAUCAGCACCAUCGAUCUUGUCAGACAAAACAUUUCUGCGAUUGGCCAGGAGGAUGAGUGCCGCUACUUGCUAGUUCUGACCAAGAACUAUGCAGCACUACAGAUCCUGCAGCAGACUUUCUUCUCCGAGAGCUGCCAGCCAGAGAUUAUCUUCGGGUCUAGCUUCCCCAAGGACCAAGAGUACACCCAGAUCUGCCGCAACAUCAACCGAGUCAAGAUCUGCAUGGAAACCGGUCGAACCGUCGUUCUCCUGAACUUGCAGAACCUCUACGAAAGUCUCUACGAUGCUCUGAACCAGUACUACGUCUGCUUGGGAGGACAGAAGUACGUUGACCUGGGACUGGGGACACAUCGUGUCAAAUGCAGAGUACACAAAGACUUCAGGCUCAUUGUCAUUGAGGAGAAAGAGGUGGUCUACAAACAGUUUCCAAUCCCUCUCAUCAACAGGCUUGAGAAGCACUAUCUGGACAUCCAUACAGUUCUCAAGGAGGAACAAAGAGCAGUUGUUGUGGAGUUGGAGAAAUGGGUUGGGCAGUUUGUGGCCCUCAAUAACCAACACACCAUGGCCCCCCAGACAUACAAGUACCUACCUCCUGACGUUUUCAUUGGCUACCAUUCCGACACGUGUGCUUCGGUGGUCCUCCAAAUGACAGAGAAGCAAAGGGGAGAGACAGACAUUUCCGAGCCCCAAAGAAGAGUCCUGGACGAGGCCAAACUGAUCCUUCUGAACUGUGCCACUCCAGACUCGGUGGUUCGGCUGGACUGCACUGUUCUCCCCAGGGUGGAGAGUGAACAUCUGGCCAGGAUCUACUUUGAGGACCAGAAGCACAGCUCUUUGGCCGACUUCAUCUUCUCUCACACUCAACAGGACGAGCAGUGCUAUUCCUCCUUCACAGAGGUGACUACCUUUUCCAGACUUUUAACAGCAUCAGAUGUUGGGCCACUGGAAGAGGUCGUGAACAAUGUCGAGCUUCUCUCUCUUCAGCAGUUUGACACUGAGCACUCCUUCCUCAAGAAGAUCAGUCAUUUCCUCACAUCUGGAAAUGGGAGAGAGAAUACAUCUGGCAACAAAAUCCUGAUCAUCCAGUCAGAUUUUGAUGAAGAGUCACACAGUGCAAAUCUCAUUGCCUCCGCCAAAUAUUCUGCCAUCAAUGAAAUCAACAAAUCAAGACAAGUGGAGAUGGGAGGCAAGGUCUUCGUCUACUUCAUCACUAAAUUGCCAAGAAUGGAAGGAGGGACAUCCUAUGUUGGAUUUCAUGGAGACCCCUGGAGGUCGGUUCAUAUUGAUGACCUCAGAAGAUCGAAAGAUAUUGUGUCAGAUAUCAAAGCCUUGAGAAACCUUACCAUCAGUCAACUGUUUGAGGAGAAAAAGGAUGAGCCUGAAGCGAUGGAGGUAGAUGACAUGUACACUGAGACAGAGCAACAGGAAUUGGAACAUGAAGACCAAACAAGCUGGAGGAGUGUUGUGGACACCACGGCGCUGGUACGUAGCUGUGUGCAGAGCGCAGUGGGCAUGCUCAGAGACCAGCUGGAGGGUGGAGUCCGUAGUACCAGGAGAGUGGAGAUCCUGCUCACACUCCUGACUGACAACCAACAAAUAAGAGCUGAAUUUCUGAGGACCGUGAAGAGACGUCUUCACUCGUUGCUGUCGACCCAUGAUGACAACACGCUCAAACUGUCCUCAAAUAACUGGGUCAUCAAGGAGGCGUCCAACAUUGACGCACUGCAGGAAGGAGGGACAUUCAGACACACCCUAUGGAAAAGGGUGCAGGCUGUGGUUAUUCCCUUCUUGGCCCAGCUGGUCUCUGUCAUCGACCGCGACCGCAACCUGGACAUUCUGCAGGACUCCAACUCUGGAGAGGCGGUUAAGAAACUCUGGUUGGACAUCUUUGGGAACGACAAACUACUCGAGGUUCCCUACACAAAACUGGACCGCAAUUCAGAGUCAAAGACCAUCCUGGUCCAGAACUACAUUGGGCUGGACAAGAACAUCGGCUGUAUCAUGCCCUUCAGCUGGAGGAUCAGGGACUACCUGGAUGAACUCUGGGUCCAUGCUCUCCAGCAUGAAGGUCACACUCAGGGCCAGUUUGAGGAGUUCUUUAGGAAGACCCCACUGGGCCGCUACAUCUCAGAGGCAGACCCGGAGAUGCAGGCUGAGUUCUUCCACAGGUACCUGCAGGAUUUCAUCUCCAUGACCAUGAAUGUGACCUGUCAGGAGGAUCUGCAGCUCCUUUGCGGUGCCUUGACCUGUUGUGUGAACGAGCUGCGGCUGCGUCACGAUGACGUCAUGGGGAAGGAAGUGACCUCGCUGCCUUGGGUCCACGCUGCCUACCAUGAGUUUAAGAACCGCCUGCAGAACCUGUCCAGGAUGAUAAGCAUGGAGCCCCAGUUGGCCCAGGUCCUCCGGGGGAACACACAUGCCAGAGAGGGGGAUGAACUGGUGCUGGACGUGUAUGCGGCCGUGGCCUGUGUAGAGUACCUGGAGCCCCAGGCUCUGGACACAGACGGCCAGCGGCUGGUCUGGCUCAGACAGGUCAAGAGGCUCCAGGUCCCCAUCGAGCUGGUCUGCUCCGAGGAGAAUCUGAGACACUAUAAGGACAGGAGCGUGGCCAUGGUCCACAGAGUUCAGACUGGGUGGAACCGCGUCGUCACCCUGUCUCUGUUUGUGGAGCACAUGUUACUGGGCAUCGAGGAGGUGGAGAAGAAGCUGAAGCCUCUGGUCUUGGAGCACACCAGAGGGUUGUGCCAGAUCCUGGAGAAGGACUCUGACCUGAAAAUGAAGAAGCCGUUUGAGGCGGUGAUCGGUAUACUGAAAGCCUGCAAAGACGGAGCAAUGGAGCGCAUUUUCAGGUUUGGCCUCCAGCCGUGCCCUGUGUGUAUGAGCGACCCCCAUGACCCCCUGAGCCUGCCGUGUGACCACAUCUACUGCCUGGCCUGCAUCAGACAGUGGCUGGUCCCAGGUCAGAUGUUCUGUCCUCUCUGCAUGCAGGCUGUGCCAGACGACUUCACUCUCAGGCCCUCUGAAGACAUAAGAGUUCUCAUCAACCAGAACGCCCGCUUCAGGAAGCAGUGCAACGCCUUCUUCAUAGACCUGGUCUCAACAGUGUGCUUCAAGGACAACUCUCCCCCCUGCAGGGCCAUCAUCCUCCACCUGCUCUCCUUCCUCAUGGUGGAGGUCCACUCUGUGCCCAUCAUCAGAGGUGCUCAUCGUCAGAUUCUGACCAAGGCCCUCUCUCCCUUUGACGACUCCGUUGACAAAAACCCAGUAGUACGGUCGGUUGUUCUCAAACUCCUGCUCAAAUACAGCUUUGAUGACGUGAAAGACUACCUGCAGCAGCACCUGACAGCAGUUGAACAGAGCAACAUCUUGGAGGAAUCAGACAAGAAUGAACUGUAUUCUCUGUAUAUCAACUGUCUGGAGGAUUCCAUGUUUGAGCGGAUGCAGUGCCACACGGUGGCGGAGCAGCAGGCCUGCAUGCAGGAUGAGAGGGUCUUCCUGGGAGACUUCCUGCAGUUGGAUGCCGGACACGCAGCCACCGUAGAGUACCUGCAGCAGGUGGCCAGGGUGCGCAUGGGGCUGGACAGAGCUGCAGACCUGCUGGUCCACAUGCUGUCUGCUGCUGCCACAGGAUCGCAGGAGGAGUCUCCUAACGGCGUUGCGGCCUUCCUGACCAGCGUGGUAGAACUGUGUAGACGCAGCGGGAACGACUGGUACCGGGUCUACCUCAUCCGUAAGAUCUGCAGCCAGCGCGGCGUGGAGUUUGUUCAGAAACUCCUGAAGGUGGCUGACAUCCGGUGGUUGUUCCCUGCUGAAGUUCUGCAGCAGAAUGAAGAUGGCAGCCAGAUAGACCAAUAUCUUGUGUGUGGAGAGGAUUACAAGACAAUCCGAGAUGCUGUUGCCAAGGCAAUGAUGGAAGGCAAAAUCGAGGGAUUGGACAACGCUUGUGAGGGCUGUAAAUGUCCUCCACAGAAGAAAGCAGUCUACCUGCUCCUGGCCCUGUUCAGAGAAGUCACCUCUCUCUACAGAUCAGCCAAUGACAGCUUCCAUCCUAAACCUGUGCAAUGCCAGGCCCUGUUGGCGUUCAUCCAGGCCUCCAAGGUGUUGGUCAGCCCAGAGGUGAGGGCCUUCGCCCAGGCCCUGGUGGCCAACCGGCUGGGGCCCCUGGAAGUCCGUCCCGGGGCCUCUGGGGCCCAGUGUGUGGUAGUGGAGCUGAGCGUCCACCUGGCUGCAGUGCUGCUCUGUGGGAACCAGGGUCUACUGACGCCCCUCCAGCAGCUGGCCCUACUGCCUGCCAACAUGCAGAGAGCCUUCCUCCCCACAAUGCCAGAGGACAUGCUAGCAGUGGCUCACAAAGCUAUGGGGCAGCUGCAGUGGUACUUUUGUCCCAACAAUCACCCGUGCACCAUCGGUGAGUGUGGCCAGCCCAUGGAGAGGAGUCGCUGCCUGGACUGUGGCCUUGAGAUUGGAGGGGACAACCACAUAGCUGUCCCUGGCUUCCAAGCCGUUCAGAUUCAGGGUGACCGCACCCAGACCGGCCACAUCCUGGGAGAGCCCAGACGGAGAGACAACCUGGACAUGCAGGACACCAAGAACAUGUCCCCAGUGCCCUUUAACCUGCUGCGCCUGGUCACACACAUGGCCAUGCUGCUGGGGGCCAGCAGUCACCCCCAGGUCAUCGGUGCCAUCAUCAAGCCCCCAGUGCCCGACCCCGGUGCGUUCCUGUGGGCCCACCUGUUGAAGGACAUGGAGCAGGUGACCAGGUCGCUGGGGAAGGGGUCUGACGACACGGUCAACACCGUCCAUCUGGUCAUCAGCAGCCUUCUGGGGCCCCACCAGCCUGGCCAGUGGCCUGUUCCCUAUGACAACCUGCUCUCCACCAAGGAGGCCCGAAACGGCUGGGAGACCACCGUCAGCAAUGACAUCAUCACACCUCAGCUGAAGCACCUGGACAGGCGGCUGAAGGAAGUGAACGCCUUUGUCCGGGCCGACUUGCGGGUCUCCUCCAACCCUGUGAUGAGGCUGGUGUUCGGGGACCCGCGCCUCUUCCUUGCCUCUCUGCCCCGGGAGUCUCUGAUCCACAGUUCGGCUGUGUGGAGCUGCAGGGAGCGGGUGUCUCUACUCAGCCUCACCCACAUCGUGGAGCAGCACAACGGCAGGGACACCCUGCCCAUGCUCUGGCGGUUCCUGCAGAGGGAGGCAGAGCUGCGGUUGGUGAAGUUCCUUCCUGACAUCCUGGCACUGCAGAGAGAUUUGGUGAAGAGGUUCCAGAACGUGACUGACCUCACCUGCCAUACCAUCACUGACUUCCUUCACAGCCAGAAAGCAGCCUCCCUCACAGCCUGGUACGAGAAACGGGUCAAAAUCUUCCUGACAACAUGGAAUCAGCUCCGGGUCUCCCUGGCAACCAACGGUGAGAUUAAAAUCCCUGGCGAGUUCUGCCGGGAGGACCUGGACCUGACCAGUGACUUCCUGGUUCUGUUGCCACGGCGACAGGGUCCCGGCCUGUGUUCCACGGCGCUGGUCAGCUACCUCAUCGCCCUGCACAACGAACUGGUCUACUGCGUGGACAAGCAUACUGGGGAGGAGACCAGCUACACGGUGAGCCCGGCGGACCUGAGCGACCUGCACGUGAUCCGCUACGAGCCGGAGAGGGAUCUGCUGCCCUUGGUUCUGUCCAACUGCCAGUACAGUGUGGAGCGUGGCCAGGAGGCCCUGCAUGAGUACGACCUGCCCAAGAUCCAGCAGCAGAUCCUGGCCCGCUUCCUGCAGGGAAAGCCUCUCAUCACUCUCAACGGAAUCCCAACCCUGGUGAACAGACACGACCGCAAUUAUGAAAACAUCCUCAAGGAUGUGAAAGGAAAGGUUCAACAGGAGCCCCUGCCCAUCCUGACCCUGUCGGCGCUGGCCGGGGAGCUGCAGUCAUACAGCGAGGUGUGUGAGGCGCUCUCCACCGUGGAGGUGGCUCUGGGCUUCCUGGCCAUGACGGGAGGCGAGCCCCAGCUGCAGUUGGAGCGCUACCUGGAGGAGGUUCUGCAGAUGGGAGACCAGACUGGCCCACACAUCCUAAAGGCCCUGAGCAGGUGUAGUCUGAAACACUGUGUGGCCCUGUGGCAGCUCCUCACCUCACUCAAGUCUGAGAACAUGCUGCGCCUCAAGAGGGACCCGUUUGUGGGGGUCUCAGAGGAAUACAGGAAUCCCCUGGGAGAUGAAGACCGGAGGCUACUCACUACGUUCUUCACCAAGAGCAGCGCUGACUCGUUCCUGCUGGAGAUGCACGAGUUUCUGCUGCUGGUCCUGAAGAGCCCCCGUGCCCCCGACACAUACAGGCCUGACUGGGGCCUGAAAGACACCCUGGUGUCCUACAUGGAGCGGAAAGACCUUGACGUUCCCCACGACGUGGACGAGUUGUUCCCCGGAGAGAUCAGUCUGGCUCAGUACAUAGAAGCCUGGAAGUUCACCGUGGCCUUCAAACAGGAGCGCAGCCAGAGAUAGCUCAACCACCACUGAUUCUACUCUGCCUUUGUUUGCAUCCCACAUGGCUCCCUAUUCUUACUUUUUCUUCCUGAAGAGUCGAACAUUAUUUCAUACUUUUAUUGUUUUUUAGACAGGACAGUAUGAAGUCAGGGGGACAGACUAUGUUGGAGGAAUGACAAGACGGAAGGGAGCAUAGCCAAAGCUCCAACCUCCAGACUCCACGCCAAUGUAGUGCACUACUUUUGACCGACCAGGUUGGUGUGCCAUUUCAGAUGUAGACUUUGUACAGACUAUAGUCCCUGUAUAGUGUAUGUAAGGGCCACAGAUAUGUUUACAAUCAUGUUUAAGAAUACACUUAUGUGAUAUAGAUGCAUAUGUUUUACACAGGGGAACAUGAAAUGAGUGCCUUUUUGGAAAUGCACUUUCAAAGUGCCAGCAGACAGGUUCUACUCAUGUACAAUACCUAUAAACUGUUUCAUUCUGGUAUCUAAAAAGUCAACUGUGAUUUGUACUAAGAGUACAAUGAGUGAAGGGGAGGAAGUUACGAAAGUUGUAGUUAGCAAAUAUUUGUCCAUUUGUUUCAUUAGUUGAUAAAUAUGCAAAUCCAGUGGAGGCUGCUGAGGGGAGGAAGGCUCAUAAUGUCUGGAACGGAGUGAAUGGAAGGGCAUCAAACACAUGGAAACUAUGUGUUUGAUGUAUUUGGUACCAUUCCACCUAUUCCUCUCCAGCCAUUAUCACAAGCCCUUCCUCCCCAAUUCAGGUGCCACCAACCUCCUGUGAUGUACAAAAUGUUUGAUUGCUGAUGGUCUUGUGUGCACUUUUCCAAUGUGAAUUUCUGUAUCACGUAGUGGUGGUAGUGGAGGGAAAGACUGAAGUCUAAAUACCUAGACUAUUGGUCUUAUACUCAGGGAUGCAACUAGGUGAGAUGUUGGGCUAUAACUCUGGGGUCUGACAUUUUUAUCUCAACCAAACAACAAUCAAGAAAGUAAUCAAGAUUUAUCGUAGGUGAUGUUUUCUAUUGGGGGAAAUGAGUUUGCACAUUUCUGAAGCUACCUUGUUAUUAAUAUCUACGGUGUCCCCAAUGGAAAAUGAGGUUUUAUAAUUCACUUUGUCCGUUAGGGCCACCGUAGAUAUCUAUUUACAUGGCUUUGCCUCAAGUGAUAUGUUUUGUUCUUUCAUAAUGGACUCAUCUUCAAUCAUCUAGUCAGAAAUGGCAUGACAGUUUCCCCUUACAUAAUCACUGCCUUACAGAAUAUGCUCAUUGUAUUUUGUAUUUUAAGUUCUUCUUGUUGAACUUAAAGUUGGACCAAACGUUGUUUCUGUGUUUCAUUGCUGAAGAGUAUGACAUGCAGUGAUUAUUAUGUUAAAACAAAAUAAAUUGUUUGCUUCUCAGCAAAUCUUU